AUGAAUAAAAGCGCAAAGUUUAUAUCAGAAGGAGGAUCUUCACAUAGGCCACCACUAUUUGAAGGAGAUGACUACUACUAUUGGAAAGACAAGAUGAAACUAUUUCUUAGAUCACAAGAUACGCACAUGUGGACUGUGAUUGAAGUUGGUGAUUAUGCUCCAUUAGUAAAAGACUCUCCUACUCCAAAGACAAAAGAUGAAAUGACAACUCAAGAAGCAGAUAGGGUACUUCUAAACACUAAAGCUCAAUUAUUUAUUAAAAGUGCUUUGUGUAGGGAAGAAUAUGACAAGAUCAUGGAAUGCAAAACGGCCAAAGAAAUGUGGACAACACUCCAAACUCACCAUGAAGGAACAAGUCGUGUCAAGGAAACAAGAAUUGACACUGGUGUUAGAAAAUUUGAGCUAUUUGAAAUGAAGGAAGAUGAAUCAAUUGAUCAGAUGUAUGGAAGAUUCACAAUUAUCAUAAAUGAACUUAACUCAUUAGGAAAGAAAUUCUCUAUACAUGAAAGAGUGAGAAAAGUACUUAGAUGUUUACCAAAAAGUUGGAGACACAUAGUAACAGCAAUCACAGAGUCAAAAGAUCUCACUGAGGUUAAAUUAGAAGAUCUCAUUGGAUCUUUAAAAGCUCAUGAGUCCAUUCUCCAGGAAGACAAACCUAUGAAAAACAAGAUGAUUGCAUUAGAUUCACAAACUAAAGAACGUUCUAAGAACAAAGAAGUAGUGGAGGAAGACAACAAGUUUCUUCAAGAAGAUGAUGAAGAAGAGUUAGCAUUUUUAUCCAGAAGAAUACAAAAGCUAAUGAUGAGAAGAAAUCAGAUUAAGAAGAACUUUCCACCAAGAAGAAAUGGAUCUAAACCAGAAGUGGAUGUCAGCAAAAUACAAUGCUAUGGAUGUAACCAAUUUGGACACUACAAGAAUGAAUGUCCUAAACAAAAGAACUCUCCUUACAAAUCCAUGAUGGUAACCUGGGAUGAGUUGGAUGAAGUGCAAGAAGCAGAAGAAGAACAAGAAGCUAAUGUAUGUCUCAUGACAAAUGCAAACAUUGAAGAGGUAACUCUAGAUCCUUGCUCAUCAUGUCAAAAAACUGAACAUCUCUUUGAUAAUCUUCUAUAUGACUCUCAAAUUCUAAAUUCUAAAAAUGGUCAACUUAGAGAUGAAGUCACUAAGUUAACCAAAGAAAGAGAUGAAUAUAAAUCUGAUAAUGAUAUAAUGAAGGAAAUAAUUAAAAAUAUGCAACUUGCACAUGAAGGACUUUCUAAGCAAAUUAAAGAACUUAGAGACAAUCAGAAGAUAAAAGAAUAUUCUAUGAUUCAAAAAGAGAAUAUCAUUUUAAAACAAAAAGUGUCUAAACUUGAAAAAGACUUAACUAAAUUUGUCAGUACCACAGAAACUUUUGAAAAUAUAUUAGGAUCACAAGUUAAUUCAUAUAGUAGAAAUGGAUUGGGAUACAAACCUUUUCAAAAUAAGAAACUGAUUGAAAAUGUUUUUGUUCCUCAUAAAGAAAAAAGAUUUCACAAAUAUAAAUGCACAUUUUGUCACAAGGAUGGACAUCUUGAACCAUUUUGUUUUAAAAAGAAAUCUCUCUAUAGAUCAGAACAUUCUCAGAACAAUCUGAAAAGAAAUCUUUAUUCAACACCUCCUUAUAAGAGAUCAUCUUAUCAAUAUAAGAAGAUGCCUUAUAAGAGUACUAACCUUCAAGGACCCAAAAAAUUAUGGGAAUGUCAUCUAGCAAUGAAGAAAAAGCCUUGGUACUUGGACAGUGGUUGCUCAAGACAUAUGACAGGAGAUAGACAAAGCUUUCUUUCAUUUGAAAAGAAGGAAGGAGGAACAGUUACCUUUGGAAACAAUGAAAAAGCCAGUAUAAGAGGUAAAGGUACUAUUGGUAAGAAUAACUCUGCAAAAAUUGAAAAUGUUCACUAUGUAGAAGGACUUAAACAUAACUUGAUUAGCAUUAGUCAAUUAUGUGACAAUGACCUUGAAGUUAUUUUUAGAUCUCAUACAUGUGAAAUAAAACAAUCUGACAAAACUCUUUUCUAUGGAUCAAGAAUAAAGAAUGUAUAUGUCAUAUACUUAGAUGAACUACCUACUGAAUCCUGCUUUGUUUCUCUUGAAAGAGACAAAUGGAUUAGGCAUAAAAGGGCUGGACAUAUAAGUAUGAAGACUAUGUCAAAACUUUCUAAACUUGAUUUAGUUAGAGGCUUACCUGACAUUAGUUUUGACCUAGAUAAAGUGUGUGAAUCUUGUGCAAAAGGUAAACAAGUUAAAAGUAGUUUUAAACCAAAAGAUUUUGUUUCAACAAAAAGACCUCUUGAACUACUUCACAUAGAUUUAUUUGGACCAGUCAAAACUACUAGUCUUGGUGGCAAAAAUUAUGGUUUUGUCAUAGUUGAUGACUUUUCAAGGUUUACUUGGAUAGAGCCAAGAUCAAUAAAUGAAGCUAUCACUGAUGAAUCUUGGAUUGAAGCCAUGAAAGAAGAACUCCUGCAAUUUGAAAAGAAUGAGGUUUGGAAUCUAGUACCACUUCCACAAAAUCACUCAAUCAUUUUCAAAUCUAAGAAAGCCAAAUCCUAUGAUUCCUCAAAAAUCAGAAGAUCAUCUCGCAUUAUGUCUGGAAUUGGUACAGGAAAGAAACCUAUGGUUGACAACACUGUACACACCAUUCAUGAUUCAGAUUCUAACAAAACCAUCUCAGAUUCUGAACUUGAAAAAAUUGUGCUUGAACCUCUCACCUCAUCAAAAUCUGUACCUGCAAAACAUUCACCUGUUUCAAUCAAGAAGGGUUCUGCUACUGCUGUCAAAGCUCCUAAGAAAAAGAGCUUACCUAGAAGGAAAAGACCUCAAGCUGAGCUGCUUGAAGUUCCACUCAUCCAUCCUGAAGAAGAAGCUAAGUUUGAGCAAUAUUGGAAAAUCAAACCUGUUGCUUCUGGAAGAGUUUAUGAUUUUGAAGAAAUUUCUAAAGGAGGAGUAGACUUGCUCAAGUUUGUUGAACCACUAGGAUGGACAAAGUUUUUUCAAAUGAAGGAUACUAUAAUGCCUCUGAAGGUGUGA